GGAGGAGAUGCCUAGUUUCCACUUAGUUCAAUGGGUAGCAGACAGUGGCGGUGUCAAAGAAGGCCGAGUAUAAGAGGUACCCCGAGUCGUAGUAUUCCUUGUUCUUGUCAAUCUCGGUGCUGUAAACAAAGGGCGAAGGUCUAGAGAGACGAACCGAUAGCAAUACAGCAACCCCAAACCCUCUAAACUGCACCUACUACAGCCAUGGCGCGGCCCUCAUAUCACGUCUACCCUGGCUACGCCGCCGGGCUGAGCGAAGGCUUCAACUAUAGCCAGUCCGUCCGUGUUGGCGAUCGAAUCGAAGCCUCCGGCCAAGGCGGAUGGGACCGCGAGACGGGCAAGAUCCCAGAGGACGCGUUGGAGGAGAUAAACCAGGCCUUCUCGAACCUGGACGUGGCCCUCAAGGACGCCGGCGGCAAUGGGCUCUCGCAGGUCUACAGGCUGAACCUGUACAUCACCGACAUGGCCACGCUUUUGGAGCCCGCGGGAGAGGCCAUGCGGAAAUGGUUUCCCAACCACCGACCCCUCCUAACCGCCGUCGGGGUAGCCUCGCUGGCUCUGCCCGGCAUGCGGGUUGAAAUCGAGGCUGUUGCGCUGGAUCUCGAAGGUGAUAAGGCAAAUGAGGGUUAAAGUGAAGGGAGUUUGAUAACUACAUCUGUCGUAUGCAAAAGGGGGCUUCGGGACAAAAAAAAACGCGUUCAGCAAAAGCAUUAUUAGAUGGGUUGCGUGUGCCCGGACUCGAACCGGGAGCCCAUCGAUGGCAACGAUGGAUUUUACCCUUAAACCACACACGCUUCUCGAUAAUGCUUGAUGUGUGACUGGGAGCGGGUCUAAACAUAUCAGGGAGACAGGCAGAACGUGACCAAGGUUGUGGGGCAUGCCACCGUCUAUUGCUGGCUAUCGCGUGGGGUCAUCCUUGGCUUCAACAGCGCCGGUGACUAUAAGGAAUCGCCCAGGAUCCAUCGUAUUCUUGCUGCUUGUGUG